AUGUCGUCCUGGACGACGACCACCCCUGAGCAGGCGGAGGAGCGGGCGGAGGAGGAGGGGGGGGGCCGCCGCAGCCGCAGCCGGAGCCGGAGCCGGGCCCCGCGCUUCUUCGUGGGCUCCCGCGAUGACGAGGGCGACCCCCUGGGAGGGCCAGACAUGAAGAUGGACGAGAUCGACUUCUUCGAGGAUGAGGAGGAGGAGGAAGGCUCGCCUCCGGAGCGGCAGAUUGUGGUUGGCAUCUGUGCCAUGACCAAGAAGUCCAAGUCGAAGCCCAUGACGCAGAUCCUGGAGCGCCUGUGCAAGUUCGAGUACAUCACGGUGGUGAUCAUGGGGGAGGACGUCAUCCUGAACGAGCCCGUGGAGGACUGGCCCCCCUGCGACUGCCUGGUCUCCUUCCACUCCAAAGGGUUCCCACUAGACAAGGCGGUCGCUUACGCCAAGCUGCGCAACCCUUUCCUGAUCAACGACCUUGACACGCAGUAUUUCAUCCAGGACAGGCGGGAGGUCUACCGGAUCCUGCAGCAAGAGGGAAUUGACCUGCCCCGCUACGCUGUGCUCAACCGGGACCCGGACAAGCCAGAUGAGUGCAACCUGGUGGAAGGGGAGGACCACGUGGAGGUGAACGGGGCCGUCUUCCCCAAGCCCUUUGUGGAGAAGCCCGUCAGCGCCGAGGACCACAAUGUCUACAUCUACUACCCCACUUCAGCCGGCGGGGGCAGCCAGCGCCUCUUCCGCAAGAUUGGGAGCCGGAGCAGCGUCUACUCGCCGGAGAGCAGCGUCAGGAAAACGGGGUCGUACAUCUAUGAGGAGUUCAUGCCGACAGACGGCACAGACGUCAAGGUGUACACGGUCGGGCCCGACUACGCCCAUGCUGAGGCCCGGAAGUCCCCCGCUCUGGACGGGAAGGUGGAGCGGGACAGCGAAGGGAAGGAGAUCCGCUACCCGGUUAUGCUGACAGCCAUGGAGAAGCUGGUGGCCAGGAAGGUCUGCGUGGCCUUCAAGCAGACGGUCUGCGGCUUUGACCUCCUGCGGGCCAACGGCCACUCCUUCGUCUGCGAUGUCAACGGCUUCAGCUUUGUGAAGAACUCCAUGAAGUAUUACGACGACUGCGCUAAGAUCCUGGGGAACAUCAUCAUGCGUGAACUGGCCCCCCAGUUCCAGAUCCCCUGGUCCAUCCCCACGGAGGCCGAGGACAUCCCCAUUGUGCCCACGACAUCGGGGACCAUGAUGGAGCUGCGUUGCGUGAUUGCCGUUAUACGGCACGGGGAUCGUACCCCCAAACAGAAGAUGAAGAUGGAGGUGAAGCACCCCAGGUUCUUUGCCUUGUUUGAGAAGUACGAGGGCUACAAGACCGGGAAGCUCAAGCUGAAGAAGCCGGAGCAGCUGCAGGAGGUGCUGGACAUCGCCCGCCUGCUGGUGCUGGAGGCGGAGCAGCCUGACUCGGAGGCCCAGGAGUGCCAGUCGAAGCUGGAGCAGCUCAAGACCGUCCUGGAGAUGUACGGACACUUCUCAGGCAUUAACCGCAAAGUGCAGCUGACCUACUUGCCUCACGGGCGCCCCAAGGCCUCCAGCGAAGACGAAGAUGCCCGCAAGGAGCUCUCGCCGGUGCUGCUGCUGGUUCUGAAGUGGGGGGGCGAGCUCACGCCUGCUGGCAGAGUCCAAGCGGAGGAGCUGGGCCGGGCCUUCCGCUGCAUGUACCCCGGGGGCCAAGGGGACUACGCUGGCUUCCCGGGCUGCGGCCUCCUGCGCCUGCACAGCACUUACCGCCACGACCUCAAGAUCUACGCCUCGGAUGAGGGCAGAGUCCAGAUGACGGCCGCGGCCUUUGCAAAGGGCCUCCUUGCUCUGGAGGGGGAGCUGACGCCCAUCCUGGUGCAGAUGGUGAAGAGCGCCAACAUGAACGGCCUCCUGGACAGCGACAGCGACUCGCUCAGCAGCUGCCAGCACCGGGUGAAGGCACACCUGCGGGAUAUCAUGCAGAAAGACGCCACGUUCUGCGAAGAGGACUACGAGAAGCUGGCUCCCACAGGCAGCACCUCCCUCCUCACGUCCAUGAGCAUUAUCCAGAAUCCAGUGGAGAUCUGUGACCAGGUCUUUGAGCUGAUCGAGAGCCUCACUGCACAGAUCCAGAAGCGGCUGGAGGACCCCAAGUCUGCAGACCUUCAGCUGUACCACAGCGAGACCCUGGAGCUGAUGCUUCAGCGCUGGCGGAAGCUGGAGCAGGACUUCCGCCUGAAGAACAAGCGCUAUGACAUCAGCAAGAUCCCUGACAUCUAUGACUGCGUCAAGUAUGACGUGCAGCACAACACCGCCCUGAAGCUGGAGGGCACCGCUGAGCUCUUCCGGCUCUCCAAGGCCCUGGCUGACAUCGUCAUCCCCCAGGAAUACGGCAUCAGCAAGCAGGAGAAACUGGAGAUCGCUGUGGGCUUCUGCCUGCCUCUCAUCCGGAAGAUCCUGCUGGACCUGCAAAGGACCCACGAGGACGAGUCCGUCAACAAGCUGCACCCCCUGUAUUCGAGGGGGGUCCUGUCUCCGGGGCGCCAUGUCCGGACCCGCCUGUACUUCACCAGCGAGAGCCACGUCCACUCCUUGCUGAGCAUCUUCCGCUACGGAGGCCUCCUGGACGAAUCCAAGGACCCCCAGUGGAGGAGGGCGAUGGACUACCUUGGCGCCAUUUCGGAGCUGAACUACAUGACACAGAUUGUCAUCAUGCUGUACGAGGACAACAACAAGGACCCUUCUUCCGAGGAGAGGUUCCACGUGGAGCUGCACUUCAGCCCCGGAGUGAAGGGCUGCUGCGAGGAGGACGGUGCGGCCCCUGCUGGCUCCGGCUUCCGGCCGGCUUCCGCAGAGCAGGAAGCCAAGAAGGCGGAGCAGGGCAGCCUGGAAGACGUGGCCAAGCCGGCCCCCAUCGACGAGGUGGACCAAGCCCAGCAGCGGCAGCAGCAGCGGCGGCCGCCCUCCCAGGCCCCGGAGCCCCUCCUCGUCCAGCGACGGUCGCCUUUGAUCCGGAACCGCAAGACGGGCUCCAUGGAGGUGCUGUCCGAGUCCUCUUCCAAGUCUGGCGGGUAUCGCCUCUUCUCUUAUUCUAGGCACUCCUCCGAAAUGAAGCAGAGCGGCUUAGGGUCCCAGUGCACAGGGCUCUUCAGCACCACGGUCCUCGGAGGCUCUUCCAGCGCCCCCAACCUCCAGGACUAUGCCCGCAGCCACGGGAAGAAGUUUGCCUCCAGCUUUCUGCACAAAGAUGAGCUCUUGUCUAUGCCAGCCGUAAAGCGAUUUUCUGUGUCAUUUGCAAAGCACCCAACUAAUGAUGAGCCGGAAGGCCCCCCCGGUGCCCACCCCCUGCGCCGCUCUUCCUCUGACCUUGCUGCCCACCAGCCCGUCUCCCGGGAUGCCGCCCUGGCCCACCACCUCCACCAGUGCUCCUACCACCUGCGCCUGUUCCGGACCUGGCUGGUCUCCGGCUGGGGUGAUCUGGACAGCCUUGACGGUUUUGAAGGCUGUUCCAUGGUGCCCAGCAUCUAUCCCUUGGAGACGCUGCACAACUCUCUCUCUCUGCGCCAGGUCCACCAUUUCCUGUCCACCAUUUCCAGGAGCUGCAGCAGCACCCACUGCAGAGCCCCCGCAGCACUCCUGGGCUCCCUGAUGGACCAGCAGGCACCGGGCGAGGCCUUCACCCCCCAGCAGAUCCUGGCCUCCUCUCUGCCCUUGCGCCCCCCUCGCAUGGACAAGCCCCCUUGGUACAGCAGCGGCCCCUCCAGCACCGUCUCCAGUGCAGGGCCCUCCUCCCCGACCUCCUCGGACUGCUGCCCUCGCUUCGCCUUCACCGACAAGCCGCCUCCGCUCAGCUCCCAGGCCAGCAAGGAGAGGCUCCACGCUCAGCUGGCCGGAGAGGGGCCUCCCAGGGCGGAGGAAGCCGGCCUGCCGGGCAGCGGAGCCUGGCCGGAGCCCCUGAAGGUGGCCGGCGCAGAGCAGCUGGGAGGCCCCUGGGAGCGGGGCCCAGAGGAGGCCGAGCCGGUCUGGGCGGCAGGAGGGGAGACGCGGCCGGAGGAGGGGGGCGGCCGUGGCAGUGGAGGGCCCAGUGGGCAGGCCGACCCGCCUGGAGGGCCGCCAGGGGGCGAGGAGGAGCUGGCCGCCUCCGGGGGGCCUGCCUGGGAAGAGGCUCUGCUGAGCCCCUUCCUGCCCGUGGGGGAGAGCGGCUAGGAAGAGGCCUGCUCUCUCACCACCACCAGCCCAGGUGCUGAGCAGGCAGGAGACCUCCAGGAGCCCCGCUGGACACAGGCCGCUGCCCCUUGUGUGUGUGCUGGGGGGGGCAGCAAGGGGUGCAGGGUGGGGCAGCCCCCUGCCCGGGCUCCUGCAGGGACAGCGCUUGUCCUCCAGAGCGUCCAUCUCCAGCUGCUGCCCCCACAGGCCGGGAAAGAGGCCCUCUUGGGAUGUGAGGGGGGGGGGGCUUUGCUGCCCAGGCCUUCCUGGCAGGGGCUCUGUCCAGAGCGCCCACCCUCCGCAGAGCUGCACUGUGAAAUCAGGUUUUCCUAGAAACAAGAGGAUGCGAUGCCAAAUGGUGUACAGUACAGAGCGAAUCUUUAAUAUAUUCUGACUGUGGGGCGGGCUGGGCUGAGGGUGCCCCUCUCCCCGCAUUCGUGACAGGACUGUGUCUGUGUGUCUGUCUCCCUCCCUCUGGGACUGGUGCCACUGCCCCCCCCCCCACCUUCCUUGUGCUGGAUCUUUUAAGUGUAGUAAAAUGCCGAGGCACUUGGUCUGCU